AUGGGUGGUUUAACUCUUGACAAUUCAGGCAAUGUUUAUGUAGCUGGUGUUAAUAAUAUUACAUGUUGGGCACCUAGUACAUCAACUUUAACAAUUAUUGCGUCCGUAUUUUAUUGGGCUGCUCUUAGAAUACGUUUAGAUAGCAAAGGUAAUCAUCAGGAUCGAUUUUGUCUUUCAUACGUUGAAUAUAAUAAACAAGGAUCACACACGCAUAUCAUUGCAACGGUGCAUGUGAAAAUUUCUUAUUGCCUUCGAAUAUCUGAAGAUUAUGACCCAUUAGAUUUAACCAAUAUAUAUCAUCCUAUGUUUACUUUUCUCGAAUUAGAAUCAAAAAAUAUAAGUAGUUCCACAUUACUUUCAUGGUCUACUUCUUUGGAUUUUGCUGAACAGUAUCAAAACUUUCUAGACAAGAAUUCAAACCCAUUAGUAGAUGGUAAACUCUUAUUUUACAAUUGUACAUCGCCAUGGUUUGGACCUUUCUGUCGUUUUACAUUUGAUUAUAAUAUAGAUAAAACCUUCAAGGAAUUAGUUCGAUUGAUUUUUCUCAGUAAAAAAAUCAUGUAUGAAGAUACCAAAGUGGCAUGUUAUCAGCACUUAAAAUGUGACACACUAAUUUCUUGUUUGGAUUGGCGUGACAUUUGUGACAGAAAACGUGACUGUUUGGAUGGUUCAGAUGAGAAACACUGUUGGAAAUUAGAAAUUAACCAGUGCGCUGAGGAUGAGUAUCGAUGUCAUAAUGGCCAAUGUAUACCCGUCGAAUUUCUUCAGGAUAGUUCUAUACAAUCCGAAUGCUUGGAUAAAACAGAUGAAAGUUUUAUUCCUAGCGAUCAACAAGAAUGUCGUGAGGCCUCUACCUUUCAAUGUGAAGAACACAUGUGCCGACCAGGUAUUGAACAAUUUUCAUGCGGUGAUGGUCAAUGUACGAAUGGAAUAAUUAGAUGUGACAAUGGUCGUAGUAGUCUUUUGCCGCCUGACUUUUGCUCAAACGUAACUGCUUGCUCCAUGAUAACGAUGGGUUUUGUCGAUGGUAAAUGGUGUAAAACGUUUUGUCCAAAUUUAACGUGUGUAAAAGAAAGAUGUCAAGCAAGCCAUGCAUUUCGCUAUGCUCCUGAGCUCUAUGGGCAUGUCCGAUUAAUGUAUAAAAGCCAGUCAAUUGAAACUGAUCAAUUUCCACUUCCUGAGUAUAUUUGCUACGAUAAAAAGCUCUGCAGCGAGUAUCUUCCUACCAACAUAUCCAUUGGUAAUAUGUCGUGCCGCUAUUUUAAUGAUUUAGGGCUGGACAACAGUAGGCCUUAUGAAAAUUUGGAACAGAUUGUUAAUGCUGUUAGAGAAAAAUUUCGUGCAUGUUUAGUGAUUGUUGAUGAAAACAAUUAUUGUAAUUAUUCAACAGUAUAUCAAUGUCACAAAUCAAAAAAAUGCAUUUCAAAAUCUCGCCUUCUCGAUGGUUUUGUUGAUUGUCCUUUUUGUGAUGAUGAAACGUUCAAUCAAAGUUGCUCGUUGAGUGAUAGAAACCAUCGUUUCAAAUGUUACGAUGAAGAUCAUGACAAAUGUUUUGCGCUGUUGGUUUAUCAGGAUCAAAAGAGAGAUUGCAAAUAUGGGGAGGAUGAAAGGGAUGAAUUUGAAUCAACGCUAUCUGAAAUUAACAUCAAUAUUCUGUUUCAAAAUAUAUGUGAUGGAAAACAAGAUUUUCGUUCAAUAUUAAUCGAUGAUCAUUACGAAACAGAUGAGACAGAUUGUCAAGUAUGGCCAUGUAAUAAUACGUAUACAAGAUGCGAUCAAUUCUGGUCAUGUACAAAUGGAGCUGAUGAAGUGAAUUGUCCUCCCUCGACUUGUCCUUCACUUGAACAUUCCUGUGUAUUUCCAAAUGACACAUCAAAAAUUUCAUGUUUACCGAUUACACGAGUUGGCGAUAAUAUUUCUGACUGUCUUGGCGCAACAGAUGAACGAGUGCUGUAUGUCACUAUUUUCGAUAACGACGAUUUUAAAUAUAAUUUUCAGUGUUGGAAUGAUUCAAAAACUAUUUCUUCGAAUAAAAUUUGUAAUAACUAUCCAGACUGCCCAUUCCAUGAUGACGAAAAUGUUUUUUGUAGACGACAAGCUCCAUUCGUGUCCACGUUUUGUGAUUUUUCUGGAGGCUAUGUUAAUCAUGUUCAGCAAUAUUUUUGUCAAUUUACUAGAACGCUCAACCGUCCCAAAUAUAUAACUUUCAAAUUAUCUAAUAUAGUUAUUUAUCCAAAACUGGUAAUGUCACACGAUACACCAAAUCUAUCAGCAGAUCGAGCAGAACCCCGUAUAAUCAAAGAAAGGUUAACAAACUAUGUGCCUAAUGAUUACGCAUGGUCAUGCAUUCGAGGAAUUCCUAUACGUGUUCGAUUGGAAGGAAAUGAGUCAAAAUCAUAUUGUUUAUGUCCACCGAGCUAUUACGGAGCUAUUUGCGAAUAUCAAAAUGAGCGUGUGAGUUUAACGAUUCGAAUUCGAAUAACAUCAGACUGGCGUAGUGUAUUUGUAUUUCUAAUUACGCUAAUCGAUAACGAAGGAAAUAUUGAAUCUCAUGAUACUAUUGAAUAUUUACCGUCGAGAUAUUGUCACGAUAAAUUUAAUCUAUAUUUAUUAUAUUCAAGUCGACCAAAAAAUGUAUCGAAAAACUAUUCCGUACAAAUCGAUGCAUACAAUCAAAUGACAUUAAAUUAUCGAGCUAGUUGGAUAUUUCCAAUUAAAUUUCCUUUUCUUCCUGUGUAUCAUCUAGCUGCAGUAUUGAAAGUUCCAUUUGAUAAUGUGCAACCUAUUCAAACAUGUCGAUCUCCAUGUAUUCACGGUCAAUGUUUCAACUAUAUUAACGAUCCAAGUUCAACACUUUGUCGUUGUCACGCCGGUUGGUCAGGUAUGCAGUGUAGUGUUAAACAGACUUGCGAUUGUGCACCAAGUUCAAUUUGUAUUAGCAAUUCCAUUUGUUUAUGUCGAUUGGGUCGAUUUGGUGCUCGUUGUUAUCUUCGUCAUACUUUGUGUGAUUCUAACUCAUGUUUGAACAAUGGACAAUGUUUACCAUGGGAUCCUAGUUUAGGUACAGUCAGUCAAAAAAAUGCAAUAUGUAUUUGUCCACCAGGAUAUGUGGGAGCACAUUGUGAGAACCUGCUAAGGCAAACUCGCAUCGAUGUAUCGUUCCAUCCAAAAAUAGCGGUUCCACCAUCGAUACUCCUUCAUUUGAUUACUUUUCCACCUGGAAGCAUUAAUCUUGAAUUAAAUCGUAUGAGUAUCAUGAAGAAACUAGCAUUUGAUCAAGAUUCACUCGUUCUAAACACUUCAUUUUCUUUUAAUCUGGCUUUAACGCAAAUUUCAACUAACUACUAUCUAAUUAUUCUUCAAGAACAUGGGACUGUUUCAGAACAUAUUUCUACACAAAUAGUUCCUUCGAAUCGAUGCCCAUCAAUUAAUGAAAUAUUCAAUGAAACUUUUGCUACUCAACAUAUAUUAAAACGGAUCAAACGGUAUCAUGUACCAUGUGAACAAUCCUUUAAUUUAAUGUGUUUCCAUGAUAAUUAUUAUAUCUGCCUAUGUAACCUUGAUUAUCAAUCGAAUUGUUUCCCAUUUGACCAUAACAUGACGUACACCUGCACAGGAUACAAUUUCUGUAAAAAUGGCGGUUUCUGUUUUGUUGAUAAUCGUAAUUGUCCAACAUCCUCAUUUUGUGUUUGUCGUCAAUGUUAUUUCGGAUCACGAUGCCAAUUUUCUACUGAAGGAUCAACACUUUCAUUAGAUAUCAUAUUAGGUUAUCAAAUAAAAACAAAAACUUCUCUUUAUUAUCAGCCGAAGAUUCUUAAACUUGCUAUUGUCUUAACAACAAUUAUGUAUGUUUUUGGUAUCGUUAAUGCUUUUCUCUGCUUUCAAACUUUUCGAAGAAAGCAAACACAAAAUGUUGGUUGUGGUCUCUAUCUUUUGGCUACAUCCAUCGCAUCCUUUGCAACUAUGUUGAUAUUCAAAAUCAAGUUCUGGUUUCUCUUAGCAUCAAAAAUCGGUUGGAUUGAUCAUCGUUCGUUUUUAAACACACAAUGCACAUUUUUUGAAUUUAGUCUUCGACUUUUUCUCAAUGCUGGUGAAUGGCUCACUGCUUCUGUAGGCAUUGAACGUGCUGUAAAUGUUACACAAGGAGUUAAUUUCAAUAAAGCCAAGAGUGUUAAAGUAGCUAAAUGGAUUAUUUCAUUUGUUUUUAUUGGUAAUAUUUCUACACUUAUUUAUGAUCCAAUGUAUCGUCGUCUUAUUGAUGAUGAGGAAGAGCAACGUACAUGGUGUGUCACUAAUUAUUCUCCAUCGGUAGGAAUAUUUGAUGUAGCGAUAAAUAUUUUUCAUUUCUGUAUUCCAUUUGCAAUGAAUUGUAUAUCGGCAUUAGUUAUUAUUUAUAAUACAGCUUAUAUACGUGCAAAGUCACAGGAGAAAAUUUCGUUCAAACAAAAUCUUUAUAAACAAAUCGCCGUGAAUAAACAUUUAUUAAUCUCUCCAUUUCUUCUCAUUAUAUUAGCCUUACCUCGUCUAAUUAUUUCAUUUUUAUCCGGAUGUAUGAAAUCAGUUAAUGACUCAUGGUUUUAUUUGAUGGGACAUUUCAUUUCAUUCAUUCCAUCGAUGAUGACAUUUGCAGUAUUUGUUCUACCAUCAGAUAUGUACAAGAAAGAGUUCAAACAGUUCAUACGAAAUCUUUAUCAUUGA